ACUCAGUCUUAGACUGUGUGAACAAAUCUGCGCUCAGGACAUGUCAUCUGCUCGCCCUUCCGGACCAUCCUCAACGCCGAGCAGCAGUAGCAGCUCCGCCGCUCGUGCGUCGGCAGCAGGAUCGGUAUCGCCUGCAUCACUGCGCACUGCAGCUCCGAUCAGCAAGGCGCCUGGACGGACGAGUGCUGCUGCUGCCGCGACCGCCAAGAUUGCCGCUCCAGGCUCAGCCCCGGUUCGUGCUCCCGCAGCCCCGCGCGCGGUCCCAGUCGCGUCUAGUCCUGUGACUUCAAGAAGCUCGCCCCAUGCAGCCUCGACUGGAGCUGCGUCAGGUGCUGCCGGUGCCGCCGCACCAGCAGCAUCCGCUGGACACUCAACAGUUGCGAAUGCUGAUGCAGCUCAUCCACCUGCUGCUGGUGCCGCCGGCGCCGCCGCGCGUGCAUCGCCAUCCCGCAUCACGCCAGCAUCCUCCCGAGUGGUGCCAUCUCCGAGCCGCAUUCCGGUCAGAGCCGAUCUGAAACCGGGCGAGUCCAUCUCCAAGGCCAGUCCAGCUCUCUCUGCCGCUGCCCACUCUGGGGCAGCAUCCAGUCCCAAGCGACCCGCCGCCGUGUCGUCAACGUCGCCAGCAAAGGUCGCUGCUGUCAGUGCACUGUCUCCUGGGCAAUCACUCAAGACGCUGACGCCCGCCACCGCAGCGAGCGCUUCUGGUUCCUCUCCUGCCGCCACCUCCCGAGUGUCCGCCGCUGGAUUGCAGCCUGGACAGUCGGUCUUGGCCGCAAAAGGAGCCUCGGGGUCUCGGGCAGGAGGAGCGGUCGCAACCUCGGCUCGACAACCGGCAGUACCAAGCUCUGCUGCUGCUAAAUCUUCGUCCAGCGCUGCGAUUUCCAAGCCGGCCGCCAAACUCGUUCCUGGAGAAGCGCGAUCGCGAGCGCUCGCAGGGUCAAUCGGGCGAGUUUCGUCGUCGUCAAGCAAGCCAGCUCUUUCGCAAGCCCAAGCUUCUGCAAGAGAAGCACAAGAAGCACAAGCGCCAGCAGAGCCAGUUCAGCCUCUCGAAGCGGAGAGUACCGCGAGCGCCGAGCAGGCGUCCGCCGACCAAAUUGUUCUGGAGGCGCCAAACCGGCCAGCACCCUCGACGGAAGACAUUUUGCGCGACACCACAGAGCGGUGCGAAGCCCUUUCCACCCAAAUUGACGUUGUUGUGCAAGAGCUUGUCGAGUGUGAAGCUGCGCUGCAACAAGUCAAGGGCGAGCGCGACGUGCUUGUUGCUGCCGAAAGUCGGCUGCAGUCUGAGCUCCAGGACGCCGCCACCACGAACGCCAAGUUGACUGCCACCCUUGAUGCCUCGCUCGCUUCCGUUGAGGUGCUGCAGACGCAGCUGGCCGAGGCCACUGCGCGUGUCGAGGCACACACACAGCGUGCUGCAUCAGCCCAGCAGCGCGCCGACAGUCUGGUUGCCCAGCACCAGCAUGAGCUGAUCGCAGCCGCCGAGCGGCUGGCUCGUGAGGUCGAUGAAACGCGAACCCGGUGCCGUCUUGAGCACGCCGCUGCUGUCGACGAGCUCAACGGCGCGCACCAGCUCGCCCUCGACGAGCAACUCGGCGCUCACGAGACGGCUCUUGCCGCAGUCCAUCACGAAGCCGACAUUGCCCGUGCAGAGCUCGCAUCACUAACAGCUCGAAUGCAGUCCGAAGCAGCAUCGCGCGAGCAGGCUGUGGCGCAAAAGUACGCCAACUUGCCCGUCGAAAUCCAGAGCCUGCAAACGGUGCUUGAUCUCAAGUCUCAGCAAGUCCGCGAGCUGCAGACCGAGAACGCGAGACUCAUUCUGCAGAACAGCGAGUUGGUCUCGCUGCGUCGACAGCUGCUCGCUGCCAACGCCAAGAACGAGGAGAUUAUCACCGUCUUGGACAUGAAGCGCGAGUCGGAGCGCGAGCUGACCAGCGAGUUUGCUCGUCUCAAGGAUUCGCUCGAGCGCGAGACCAAAGAGCGCUCGCGCCUCUCCGGUCAAAAUGACGAGCUCAAGUAUCGGCUGUCGCUCGGGGGUGCGAGUUCUCCGUCAAAGUAGUGUGUGUGUGUGUGUGUGUGUGUGUGUGUGUGUGUGUGUGUGUGUGUGUGUGUGUGUGUGUGUGUGUGGGCCUCUUGUACAUUAAGUUUAUUCUGAUUAUUGGAUCUUGUUGC